AUGCAUGUUAUACAUUGUUAUAUCAAAGAAAAUUUCACUCUAGUCACAACAAGAUCUAUUUUUCAGACAUUGGACCGAGAGACUGCUUUAAAGGCUAUUGUUGAAAGUCAGAGGCCACACAUAGAGCGACUCAGAGAAAAAGGUGUGCAUCCAUAUCUGCACUUCACGGGAUCCUUUAUUAAUUGUUCUGUCUUCAUAACUUUUUUUCUUGCGAUAGCAAACAUGGCUGAAAAAAUGCCAUCAUUCAAACAUGGUGGAGCUUUCUGGUUUACUGAUCUGACAACUCCAGACGCCUUAUACAUUUUACCAGUUUUAACUGGACUGUCAUACUUAGUAAUAGUAGAGUGUGAUAUGCAAAAAGGAACAGAAGGAAUUCCUAUUUCUGAAAAGAAGAAAAAUAUCUCUAGGGCUCUUGCUCUUCUUAUAGUUCCUAUCGCUAUGAGUUUUCCAAAGGUAAACUUUCCUAGCCAGGCCUUCUUUUUGGAAGGAACAACUUCCCUUUGCUACAUCCUGUUGACAGUUGUCACUUAUUCUGCUUGUACUUUGACAGAUGUCUCUUACUUAUUGGUUGCUUAG